CGCAGUGCAUGUGAGACAGACAGAUGGAUGCCCCUUGUGUGUCAAUGUUUGUGAUUCUAGGUUUUUUUUUUUGUUUUGUUUUUGGUGUAUGACAAUUUUUCAGGUUUUUUGUUCGGCAAUCUUUUGAAAGUAUUUCAUUAAGGACAUAUAAUUCGUGAUGAGUAUUUCUUCUUCAACACCACAUCAUAAUUCUCGAACAACAUCGGAACAUGGUAGCCGAACUUCAACUCGUGGUAAUCCAACACCUGAAACUAUUCAGCAUCGUGUUAUGAAGUCCGUUUCUGAUUAUAAUCGACAAUUGAAUCAAGAACGAAAAGAAGAUCGACGUGUUUGUAUGGAUCUUCAAACCUAUACGAUUCAAUAUCCUGUCGGUUUAGGUCGUGAAAAUAAAGGCCUUCGACGAUGGAGUAGAAGACGACGGCGAAUUUCACCGAUAUGGCGUAAUGGUCGUCGAUAUCCAAUUGCAUUGCUUCCCAAUCAAUACCAGGAUUGGUUUCUUCGAUACACACCACAAGAGUUAAAUUAUCUACCAUUAAACACUGUAUUACAUGGUCCUGUAGCUCCUGAUUAUGAUAAAUUAUCUUCAUCAUUUUUGCAAAUGACAAAAAAUCAAAAUAAUGAAAACGAUACCGAUUCGGAAUUUGAUGGAUCAGAUGUUUUAUCCGAUUUUGAUGAUGACUCAACAUGUAGCUGCGGGGAAGUUCAUUGUGCACCAAGUCCACCUGUUAAAUCAAUGGACGAAUCUAUGGAUAAUUCACAAUUAUCAACAAGCAAUAAUGGACCACCGAUCGACAGCUUUGAUGAUAAGAAUUUUCCUCAACCAUCACCAGCAAAUCUUCAAUUUCAAAAUGGGCAUAAUAUUGAUAAUUCUUCUGAAGUUUCUUCAUCAUUGAAUGAGGCAAAGAUAUGUAAAGUUUGUAAACAACAAGAUACACAAGGAUCAAAUAUCGAACCACUUUGUUGUGCUGAUUGUGGUGUCAUUUGUCAUCCUGUUUGUUUGGACAUUAGCGGUGAACUACUCGAAGCUAUUCGCCUUUAUCGUUGGCAAUGUCAAGAUUGUAAAUCAUGCCAAAAAUGUGGUCAACCACAUGAUGAAGAAAGAAUGAUGUUUUGCGAUAAAUGUGAUCGUGGCUAUCAUACUUAUUGUGUAGGACUUGCGGACAUUCCACAAGGACACUGGGUUUGUUCUCUAUGUGCUAUCUGUGCGAAUUGCGGAACAAAAAAUCCAGGUGAAACAACAUCCACACAGACAUUGAUGGAACCAUUAACGAUUUCGACAGUUAACAAUCAUAAUAAUCAAUCAGCACAAUGGCAACAUGAAUUGAUUAAGAUCCAUAGUCCAGAUGGACAAACAUUGAUUAGACAUUCGGUAUUUUGUGAAACUUGUUAUCAACUACGAAAAUUUUGAUUUUUACAUUCGCGACAAAAUCAUCAUUAUCAUCAUUUUAUGUAGACCAAAAUCACCAUACACAUCCACAAAAAAAAUUCAUAUUAACUACAUGGAAAAGUUUUUUGUAAAAAAAAAUCAUUUUCACUAAUAAUCAUACCAAUACGAAAAAAUUCGUGAUUUUAAUUUUUUUAUUUAUAAAAUAGCACAUGAAUAAAAACAAACAAUAAUGGCCAAGUUAAUCGUUUUUUUUUUUUUUUUUUUUACUAACACCUACAAUUGAUAUACAAAUAAAACAAUUUCUUUUUGUUGGAAAACCGUAAAUAAUAUGCCAAUUGUAAUUAUGUACACAAUUAAGCGAAAACUUAUUUACAAUCAAUCCUAAAACAUUAUCGGGAAAUUUAAAUAUUGAAAUGAUCGAAAAAAAAAAAUUUGCAAAUACAUUGCGAAUUAAAUGAAUUCCAGUUAAUGAU